AUGUCUCAUCUUCUCAGGCGGCUCAAGCUAUCUCUCCGAGUAGGCCACCUCACCGCUUCUUCUCGAUACUUCUCUAAUUGCAUCAUCAAAGUAAUACCUUGUGGAACUACUCUAAGAGAUGGUGACGUUGGACAUCUAGCUAUCUACAGCUAUGUUGAUAAAGUGAUCGACUGCACACAAAAGAAGGUGCCUAUGGAGUUAGUAAAGGGGAUCGGAACCAUAGGAGCAUCCCACGGCUGGGUAGCGACUCUGAAAAAUGGGAUCGUGUGUCUUCAAGAUGACUUCGAUCCCUAUGCAUCGAAUACUGACCCAAAACGCAUUCCCCUGCCUCCACUUGUAACUCUGCCUCAUUGCCAAACCCAAAUCGUAACCAACAUAGCAAUGUCCUCUUCUUCCCCAGACGAUGAAGACUGCAUCCUUGCUGUAAAGUUCUUGGGACCUCAGCUAAGCUUGUGCAGGCCUGCUCAGAGAGAUUGCAAGUGGAGCAACAUCAGAAUCUCAGACCCCAGCUUCUUCUCCUCACAUGUAAUGUACUCCAAGAGAAAUGGCAUGUUCUCCAUGCCCGCUGCUGGAGGAAACUACACAGCAUCGUGUGAUCUUGGGAGACACGUGAACGAACCAAAGAUUCAGAUGCUGUCGUACCCGGAAGAACGCGUGUUUGAAGACCUGAAUCUGAGCACGGGUGAGUUUUUUGACAAGGAGUUUCUGAGAAAAAUCGACUGGAAGUUCACGGACUGGUCUUGCAGGAUGGAGCACUACUUGAUGGAGUCGUCAUCACACACAAGUGAGACUUUUCUGGUGAAAUGGUCUAAAGAUAUCAACCCCCUAGACGGGAAAACUGAAUUGGACAUGUUCCUUGUGUUGAGAAUAGACGAGGAAGGAAACGCUGUGUAUACUAAAGACUUUGGAGCUUGUUUACGUGACAAGAGACCAAACUGCAUCUAUCACUUAAGCAACUCGAGCUUUGGAAUAAAUUGCAUGGACGAUAAUGAGAAAGAAAGAGGUGGAGAGUUUACUUUCCCAGUCCCCUUUUGGUUCCCACCAAAGCUAGACUCCAAAGAAAGUUUUACCAAAAACACCAACAACAACGCACCAGUCAAAUACCCAAGCUUCACUGAUGCUGGUGUCAAAACAUACCGCCAUUGGUAA